UUCGCCCAGCGCGGAUAACGAAUAAAAUGGACGACGCGUCAACGUGCAAAUUGGCCAAUUGUUGUUGUUAUUCUUGUUGUUGUUCGAUUUGCACGCGUUGCUGUUGCUCUCGUUAAUGUUAUUGUUGUUCGAGUGCCCAGCGGCAUUGCGGAAAUUGUUAUUGUUAAUAAACGCCAACAACAAUACACAACAAAAAUAAAAACUGUUAAAUUUGUGAAGAGCCAACAAUUUUAGGAAAUGCAGCACGCUUGCUGAACUGAAAGGUUAUCAAUCAAAGCAAUCAACCAAUCCAUCACUCUCCACCAUGGAUGGCUCACCGAUGACGCUGACUUUCACCAGCUUGGGAUUGCUGCUGGUUCUGCUGUUGAUGUGCCUCCUGGUGGCAUGCCACUGUUUGGGGCCACGUGCCGCAAGUUGGAUGCGCAUGCGUUCGCGCUCCAGCAAGGAGGAGAAGAUCGGACUGUCCAAGCACAAGCAUAAGCUCUUCCAUCCCAAUGGCUACAUGGCCAGCAUCCAAUCCGGUUCGGAGUUUCUGCUGAGCACCAGCGGCAGCUUCAAGCGCUUCGACACCAUUGACAAGGAGGACUAUAAUCGUUCGCAGCAGCAGCAACAGUUGCUGCAAUUGCAGCACCACCAACAACAUCCACAUCAUCAGCAACAGCAACCACAGCAGGCACAGAUGCAACAGCAGCAGCAGCUGAUUGGAAAUGGCGGCGAGACGAGCACGACCCCAUUGUGGAAUCUGCCACAAGCGGAUGUCAGCAUUCCGCCUCAGCCGCUGCGUCCGGCGCCGGCGCCAAACAGCGCUGGGCCAAGCAGCAAGACUGUGACGUUCUCCUUUAGCCAAAUCAAUGAGCUCAACUCGCCGACAGCAACAGCAACAGCGAUGGAAACGCAGCCGCGUUCGUGUUUGCGUGGCACUGUGCCACAAGCAUUGGAGGCGCCACCGCCGCCCCGAUUAACGACAUCCGCAUCGGUGACGCUAUCGGCAACCGCAAUACCGCGUCCGAUUGCCAAGCGGCAGAUAUCGCUGCAGCAGGGCAUCAACAGCACAACAGCAACCACAACAGCAGUCACGACAACAACCACAACAACAACAGCAACAACAACAUCAGUAGCAGAGUCCGAACUUCAAUCGAAGCCGGAGUCCCAAACGGAACCGGAGCGACGUGCGCCAGCGUUGAAGCGCCGCAACUCGAGCACAAAUCCCUUUCUCUGCGAGUCGACGGAGCAACCAACUCCGUCGCCUCCUCCUCCCCACCCCGCUGUUGCCACACCUCCUCACAACGGCAAUCCGUUUGUGCAUGGCCAGAGUCUGUCCAGUCGUCUGCUGAAGCUACACAACACCAACAAUCCGUUCUCGGGUCUCACGCAACGCGUCAAAGGACCUCACAUGCUGCAGAAGACCAUCUCGGAGGAUUAUCUAUUCCGCAAACUGGGCGCCAAUGGACAUGCCAAUCUGACCAAUGGCAAUGCGAACAAUUCAAACAACUCAACGAAUGGCAAUUCCACGUGGUGCUUUGGUCGCUCUCUCAUGCGUCAGGAUUCGAGCAUCAGUUUGGGUCUGGGUCGGCGGAAUAGUUCGCAAAUGUCGCUGGAUGGUUCGAUGGAUGGCAUUCACUUGGAGCACGGCAUCUCGUGUGAUUCGGUCAACUCGGAUGCCUCGUCGCUGUGCCUCGAUCAGCUCGAUCAGCCGUACACACAGAUCACAGGGUAUCUGUGCGUCGGUUUGCAGUUUGAAAAACACAACGGCCACAGCGAGGAGCAGCUGGAUCUGACGGUCAGUGUGCUGGAAGCCAAGGAUCUCAUCUAUCCGCUCAGCAUGGGCAUCGACUCGCUGGACACCUUUGUGCGCAUCUAUUUGGUGCCCGAUCAUGCCGGUGGCAUGCAGACCAAGGUGGUACAAUCGUCAUUGACUCCGGCGUACAAUGAGACCUUCAACUUCCGGCUGAAGCGACAGCACGGUCGACACUCGCUGUGGUUCCAUCUCUAUCACAACGGACCCGCUCACACGUUGAUCGGCGAGGCGGAGAUGGAGAUUGGCGAGAUGGUGCGUCCGGUUACCACAUGGAUUCCCCUCUCCGAUUCACGCAAGUGCAACGCUCGCUGGGGCGAGCUGAUGUUCUCUCUGAGUUAUCUGCCCACAGCUGAGCGUCUGACAAUUGUGGUGGUCAAGGCGCGUAAUCUGAAACUGCAGCCAGACAGCGACACAGCGGACGGAGAAGCGGAACAACCGCCCAACAAGACGCACUCACCCAAUGCGGGUGCACUCCAGCAUGUCUUUGUCAAGGUCUAUCUGAUGAACAACGACAAGAAGGUGCUGAAGAAGCGUACCUCGCUGAAGCGCCAAGAUCGCUCGCCCACAUUCAACGAGUCGAUGAUCUUCAGUCUGCCGCCUCAAGGUCUGACCACAGUGCAACUGCGUCUCACGGUCUUUGGGGUCACGGAGGCGGGCACCUUGCCCUUGGGUCAUGUCAUCGCCGGCAGCUGUGCGGUGGGCAAGGGACUGCGUCACUGGCAUCAGAUGCUCUCCUCGCUGCGCAAACCGGUUGCCAUGUGGCAUGUCCUGCGGCGAGCUGUCAAUCAGCCGGUCUUCGUUGGCGGCGCUGAGGCUGUGGUGGCUGCCAUGCAGAGCACUUUGCAGCGAGCGAGUGCCAAGCGUAACAGCAUUGUUUAGAUGAAAUGUUAUCGAUAACGAUAUGUCGAUAUUAUCGAUGUAUAGCAAUCGACUGUCCACUAUCGAUUAGGAAACGUCGCGUAAUUGGCAGGCAGGUGAAAUAUGAUCGAUAACGGUAUGUUGGUUAUCGAUAUAAAGCAAUCGACUGUCUAUUAUCGAUUAUUAGGCGUCGCGUAAUUGACAGACGUGAAAUAAUAUUGAUAACGAUAUGUUGGUUAUCGAUAUAUAUCGAUCGAUUGUCCACUAUCGAUUAUUAAGCGCCGCGUAAUUGACAGACAGGUGAAAUAUUAUCGAUUACGAUAUGUUGUUUAUCGAUAGACAGAAAUCAAUAGUACACUAUCGAUUACCAAGCGUUGCACAAUUCACAGUUGUCACUUAUGAGUCGACACACAAUUUGUAAUCGACAGCAGACUAUCAACCUAUCGAUAGUAAGCUGCCAUCUCGAUUAAAGCGCUUGUAUCGAUGGUGGACUAUCGAUUGUUAUCCACAGUGGAGUGUAACCAGAGAGCAUUGCAUUUAGCUUAGCUCAAUUCCGUUUCUCUUCUUCAAUAUGCCAAAACCUCGCCCCCUCUCUCUCUUAUGUCCUUUUUCAGCCUCUCCCUCCAAUUGCAUUUACUCAAAGCAUUUUCCUACUUUUCUACAAGUUUUCCCCAAACUCGAAAUGAAGAAUUGCCUAUAACCAGAUAUUACUUACUCUCUAACCGAACUUAACCUUAAAAAAGCCCCGCACCAAAGGACAAAUUGAGCCUAUUAGCUAGUUAAUACACGCACACACACAGACACACACAGACACAUACAUAUAGUUGUUAGUAAAUGUAAUGAUAAACGAAUUAUAUAAAUUUAAGUACAUAUAUGACAUUUAAAGGCACGCACUCAUUGUUAUCGAAUACUAUUUAUACGUGUUAUCGAUAUUUAUCGUUCUGCAAUAACGAAAGAGGAAAGACGACUGAAUGUUUCGGCACACCGAAUACCAAAUACUCUUGCAGCAGUAAUCAAAGAUAAGCGAUAUCUUAAUGAAUAUUCUAGCAAAUGCAUUAAUUUUUUUUUUGUAAUUUAUUUCAUUUAACUACAGUCUGCAAGAGUAAAAAGAGACUAUCUUAAGAACUUAUCUAACCAUAUUUAAAAAAGAAUAAAAUAUGUAUGCAAAUAAAUGUAUGAAUAGAUAGGACAAUGUUUUCUGGCAAUCAUGAUUGUUAAACUAUUCAAAUAUGAAAUUUAAACAAAUUACGAAUGAAACUUACAAAUAUUGUUGCCCAUAACAAAGGUGAAGAACAAAAAAGUGAAAUCAGUGCAACCCUUGGAGCAAUGUGAUAUAUAAUAAUUGAAAACAACAAAAAAAAAAACAAUUUAAUAUAAUAUAAUAUACGAACAAUAUUUGAAUGAAAAGCAAGUAUUUAC